AUGUUGCGGCUUCAUGAGCCCUCGGCGACACCUUGUCCGGUACCGGUCCUGCCGCCGUCAUCAAGCCGACGACUCGGACUGCAGGGCAACGGCCGUCGAGACUCUCUACUGGGUAUGGUGAGCGCGGGGGACGAUGAUACGACCGCCAAGCUCGAGUUUACUUCAGCGUUCGGCGCCGGCACUUUGAGAAAUAACAAGCCGCGAAGACGACAGGCUGCGGGGAGGAAUAAGGACAACGGCCCUGGGUUUGCAAUCCAUGAGGACGCGAACAGAGAAGAUGGCAAGAUAAACAUGAUGGAGAAGAGGGAAUCCGCUCUGGCACAGCCUGCGAAGAGGGCGGUCAGGCUACCAGGACCAUCACCAGCGGCAUCACAGCAAAGCAGUCGGAAUCACCAAGCACCACCGCACCCAGAACUCGCGCGCCGGCUGAACAAAGACCCGCGAAGGCCGACAGCCAUGGCUCCAAGAACAUUGGAUACGCUUCCUGAGGACUCCAGGCUGACCAUCAAUUCGACGACCGUCCUGAAGCCCGCACGACGCGGCACGAUCUUCAUCCCUAACGACGACACCACCAUGCCGAGCAUGUACAUGGGGAUUUUUAGUCCUAUCAAGAACUUGGACGCCAGACUGGGCUCAGACGCCGGGGAAGUAGAGAUAACAGGCAUCGCAGCUCAGAUGGCGCAAAAGAGAAGUUUUCGGAGGUCAAUGAUCACGACGUCUCCCAAACGAGCCCCGUUACAUGUUUUGGGGAAAGAUAAUGUCUGCUCGAACGUUGUGCUUGAGGAUCGAAUCGGGCAAGGUGGCGGCAAGGAGAAUGUUCCGCCAGGACACAAUGCCAUGGGAGAUGAAAAGCCCACCCGAAAGGCUUCAUUGCCCAGGAGACAAUCCAUACAAGGACCCUCGAUCUGCGAGAUGAAAACCGUGGAAACAGACGUGGUUCUAGGGACACAACCUGCCAACAGCAAUCGGAAGGACCAUCCUGUACAACGACAGUCCAGUAAAGCUCAGUCCAAAACAACGAGAUUAUAUGAGCCAACCGCUAGCUCUUCCGAGCGGAACAAGGAGAGGAACCCUUCUCGGCGUCCGAAUGCAAAGCCUAUGUGGAACUCAGGCUCUCGCCUCAAACAGUCUCACGUGCCCCCGGCACUGGUUGAGUCCUCGAGGACGAAUACGAUCCAACCGCGCCCAGACCAAAUUGCAUCCACGAAACCGGCAGUGCCUACUAGAUUCAUCGUUCCCAAUGUCAAAGUUGAGGCGCUUCCCGAUGCCUAUCCGUUACUGACGGAAGACAUUGCCAUCCCCUCCAUGUAUGAGGAGAACUGGCUGAGCCAUCAGGAAAUCUCCAUCACUCAACUGGUUAACAACUUCUUUGAGGCAUCUUCCCCGAAACAAUCAUCUACUGAAGCCGGAAUGUUGAGAAUCCGUCUCCUCGAGAAGUAUGGCAACGCCGACAGUGCCAUGCUCUACAAGAGACUGCAAGCGGCAUUGUUGUUCGGGGCAUUGAGUAUUCCAUCGGAGGUCUUGAGAUCUGCUGGGCGGUUGAACAAUGAUCUCGGAAGAAGAAGAGCCUUCACAGAUCUGUGGCUUGAGACUUACAGCCUUUCUUGCUUACAGCCGGCUUUGGAGGUGGUGGUUGGGCGCCAAUGUGGCAUCCCUUCACCAGGAAGACGUAGCAGUGGAAACAGUACUGCGCCCCGAGAAGCAUUACAGCGAUUCAUCGAGACGUUUUUGGUGAGAAACGAAGACGGUAGUCAUUCGGAACAGCCUGGUACAGAUCACGGAGCUUGGUCCUAUCAACGGACACUCCUCCGAAGCCUUAUGCUCAUCAAAGUGCUGGACAUGGCCAAGGAACCCUCAACUCCUCUAGCCAGUGGCUGUUUAUUCCAGGCGUCUUCCACGCAUAAAACCUCUGUCGACGUGGUCAAAGCGUUGUUUCAGUUGCUCAAUCCCAGUGCCGGGGAUCCCAUCCGUGCAUUGAGCCAUGUUGGCUAUGUCGUUACACAUUCGCAAUACCCGCUUGAAGAGUAUACGUAUAAGAUUGACAAUCUGGCAGUGGAUCUACGGGAUGGAGUCCGAUUAACGAGACUGGUCGAGCUGCUGCUCUACCCUUCUGCUACCCGAUCUCUUGAACAGUUGCGUGACCACGAGUCUACCAGCACAACAACUGUACUCCUACCAACCGGAGAACUGCUGUCUUUGGAAGAGGGACAGCCGGACUGGCCGUUGUCGCAGCAUCUCAAGUUUCCAUGUCUUGGUCGAGCGACAAAACUGUACAAUGUCCAGAUCGCGUUGAGUGCCAUCCAGGGUGUCAAGGGAAUGACGGCGGUGGUGCAGGACAUUUGUCCCGAAGAUAUUGUGGACGGGUACCGAGAGAAGACGGUCAGGUUGCUUUGGGGCUUGACGAGCAAAUGGGGUCUUGGUGGCCUUGUGGAGUGGGCCGAUGUGGUGAGGGAGAUCAAGAGGUUGCGCCGGACAAUAGACAACAACCGCCAGCACCACUCGCCGAUCGACUACUUCGAUAUCUUGCACGACGACGAAUUUGGAGACGACUAUGCGUCUGGUCCUGCUCGGUAUCAGAUGCUAUUAAAGUCCUGGGCGCAAGCCAUUGCCGCCAAAAAUGGACUGGCUGUCACAAACCUUACGUCCAGUUUCGCCGAUACAAGAGUCUUUGAGGCGAUUGUGGAUGAGUAUGAAGCAUACAUCUCCACCGAUGGCACCAGUGGGAGUCGUUCUGAUCGUCUUGGUACGCAAGGGACAGACAGCACUACCACCAAGCGAUCUCGACCUCUGUCUGCGCGACUGCGAGCGCUGGGAUGCAGUGAGCAGUUUGCGAGCCUUUUCUCAGGGCGGGCGGCGGGGUCGCGGAGUGACACCAACAUCACCACCACCUAUUCUGUUUUCGACCGGGAUUUCGUGCUUGCGGCACUGGCCUUUCUUUGCUCGAGACUGUUGCAGCCUACCAAGGGACCCAGGGCGGCUGUUACCAUCCAGAGAGCUUGGCGACAGUAUUGGGCUGGGGUGAUCGAGACACGCAAGAGCCGGGUGAAGACGCUAGCGGAGGAGUGUGCUGAGGUUGUUCGACGGAGGAGACGAUCUGAUCAGUUUCAAGCUUCCUCUCCUCAGGAUCUGGGGCAGCAGCAGCGUGAAGACGGAAAAAACACUGACAGUGCAGCUGAGGAAAAAGUCGGAAUGGAUGGUCCAAAUGGAAGCAAAAUCGAUAACAUUGGCACUGAUGCCCUCGAGGUACGCGACAAGACAACAGCGGAGAAAGGCGACGAGGCAAAUGAUCAACGACGAAAUGCAUUGGCGGGCGAUGAAGGGAUUGUCGGUGGGUGCGAUCAUGCACAUUCAGCGUCGGGUUCAGAGUUGACGGCACGGUCACAGACACACGAGGAUGCCGAUCGACAAGCAGACGAAACUGCUAGUGAAGAGGAUAUCUGGUUGAACCUGUAG